AUGUCUUCACCUCCUGAAGGGAAGCUGGAGACGAAAGCUGGACACCCGCCCGCCGUGAGAGCCGGCGGGAUGCGAAUAGUGCAGAAACACCCACACACCAGUGACAGCAAAGACGAGAAGGACAAGGACGACCAGGAGUGGGAGAGCUCCAGUCCCCCGAAGCCGACCGUGUUCAUCUCCGGCGUGAUCGCGCGGGGUGACAAGGACUUCCCCCCGGAAGCCGCACAGGUGGCCCACCAGAAGCCACACGCCUCCAUGGACAAGCAUUCCUCUCCCAGGACUCCGCACAUCCAACAGCCUCGAAAGUGA